CAUUUCCGACCCCAAAACUGUCUCCUCGAUCCCAAGAACUGGCUUCACGUGUAGCUAACAUUAAACCGACUAAUUAUCUGCGUUUCACGGCAAUAGUUAUGGGUCAGAAACCGGUAAAUACGCUGGUGUGAGUACGAUAACGUGGCAGCCUGGGCGAGGCGUGCAGGAACAGUGUGAGUGAGGUGUGAAGAAGUGAAGACUGAGGGUGAGAGGGCUGCGUCGGGGGGCUCAAAUAUUGCUUUUUUCCUGUCCACUCCCUGGAUUUUACCAUGAACAGGGGACAGCGACGGGACCAAACCCCCCUCGUGUGUUGUGCAAGGGAUGUGUGAGUGCGCGUGUAGCCUCCGCAACAUGAAAACUAGUUAGGGGAGAUGGGGAUGAACUGACGGAGAGAAAAGCGAAAAUGGCUGACGAGUGAGUUGCCAGGUGCUGAAGACGACGGUGUGCUGCGGAAUGCUCCAGGACGCAGCCAGGAGGUGGAGUGAGACCAGCAGGGCUGCUGACCUGGGGUGCUGCUGAGCCAGCACAGGAGCAGCUGACUCAAGUGAUACAUUCCUUGAUAUACUUUGGGGAAUGCAUGACAUGUUCAUCUCUCCGGCGGGAGGUGAGCCCAGUGCAGUCUUGCAUGCCCCUGCCACUUCUGGACAGUGCCUGCAGAGGAAGCGAAAAUUGGACCAGAUUGGCAGUGGUUACAGCAGCACUGCAUCCAGUUAUACAGUGACUGCCACAGCAGUGCCAGCCCAAACACUAGCAGCCAAACACCUCUCCCAUCAGGCUGGUAGUUUGUUUAGUGAUGGCGUGACCUUGAGCCAGAGCAAGCCGCCGCAGCAGCAGCAGCAGCCGCAGCAGCAACCGCCUCCCCCCCACCAGACUCCACAGGACCAUCAUCAACAGCAGCAGCAUGGGCAACAUCAGCAGACUCACAAGAUUAGUAGUAACAGCACUGCCUCUUCAUCCUCCUCCUCUUCAUCAUCAUCAGGACACCACCACCACCACCAUCACCACCACCACCACCACUCAGCCAGAGUGGCAGGUUCAACUGUCAGUUACCAACACCAGCAACAUCACCACCAGCCUGUACAACAGCAACGAGCAUCAACCAUCAAGCUCUUAGAUCCAUAUCAAAAGUGCUCCACAAAGCGCAAGUGUUUCGACCACAAUGGUCACAGUGGCGGUAACUCAGGUGUAGAGAGCAGUAAGGUGGGGGCCCCAGGUGGUGCCCCAGCCACGACCACCAAGACGGUGGCCCACGGUAAGGUGGCCCUGGGUGGCGGCCAAAACAAUGCCACCAAGGGCGGAAACUCCUCAGCUGCAGAUGGAGACUACCAGCUGGUGCAGCAUGAGACACUGUUUUCACUCACAGCACAAUAUGAAGUGCUGGAGUUCCUGGGGCGGGGCACGUUCGGUCAGGUGGUCAAGUGCUGGAAGAAAGGCACAAGCGACAUUGUGGCCAUCAAGAUCCUCAAAAACCACCCCUCAUAUGCUAGACAGGGUCAGAUUGAGGUUGGAAUCCUUACAAGACUUAGCCAGGAGAAUGCAGAUGAUUACAACUUCGUUCGAGCCUUUGAGUGUUUCCAACACAAGAACCACACCUGUCUGGUGUUUGAGAUGCUGGAGCAAAACCUCUAUGACUUCCUCAAACAGAACAAAUUUUCCCCAUUGCCCCUCAAGUUUAUACGACCCAUACUUCAGCAGGUCUUGACAGCUCUCCUCAAACUUAAGCAACUUGGCCUCAUUCAUGCUGAUCUCAAACCAGAGAACAUCAUGCUGGUAGAUCCUGUAAGACAGCCAUACCGUGUCAAGGUCAUAGACUUUGGCAGUGCAUCGCAUGUAAGCAAGGCUGUGUGCAACACCUACCUACAGUCACGCUACUAUCGAGCUCCAGAGAUCGUCCUUGGGCUUCCGUUUUCUGAAGCUAUUGACAUGUGGUCACUUGGCUGUGUUAUUGCUGAACUCUUCUUGGGAUGGCCACUUUACCCUGGGUCAUCUGAAUAUGACCAGAUUCGUUACAUCAGCCAAACGCAAGGGAUUCCUGCCGAGCACAUGCUGAAUAAUGCUACAAAAACGACCAAGUUUUUCUACAGGGAUAAUGAGUCCACCUAUCCAUUCUGGCGACUUAAGACACCUGAAGAACAUGAAGGAGAGACAGGCAUCAAGAGUAAAGAGGCCCGCAAAUACAUAUUCAACUGUUUAGACGACAUGGGCCAAGUUAAUGUGCCCACAGAACUUGAAGGUGGAGAACUGCUGGCAGAAAAGGCUGAUCGGAGGGAGUUCAUCGACCUCUUGAAGCGAAUGUUGACCAUGGACCAGGAGAGACGCAUCAGCCCUGGCGAGGCAUUACAACACAGCUUUGUCACACUUCAACACCUUCUGGACUACCCUCACUGUUCCAAUGUCAAGGCUUCCAUGCAGCAGAUGAUGGAGGUAUGUCGAAGGCCUGCUCCGCCUUAUCCAACUGCUGCUGCAGUAUCUCAGGCCCAGGCUCUCCCUCCCUCACUUAUGCCCAACUAUGUUCACACCACCAAUGGUUCUGUCACCCUUACUUUCAACAAUCAGAUCACUAACCAAUACGGGCUAUAUCAAAGCAGUCGCAGUGGCCGUGGAUACAGUGGAAGCAGUCGAGGAGAAGCUGCAGCAGCAGCAGCAGCAGCAGCAAGUUUUCAACCACAGUUGGUGUCCUCUAUUUUAUGUCCUCCUCCUUAUCAAGGCCUAGCCUCCCCCGGAAAACACGUGACGGUUGUUACUCAGCAACCUCAGUUACAGCUGCAGCCAUCACUGCUUCCCCAGCAGGUUGGUGGUGGAAGCCAAUAUGUGCCUGUGUCGAUGGUGGAGCAGCCAGCGCGUGGGAUGCUGCUUACUACAGGGGCAGCAGUGGGUGGUGGAUGGGGUCGGGGAGGGCAAAUGGCCUUGGUGCCAGGAGGUUGGCAGCAACUUCCUCAACCACCAACAUCCUUGCAGCAGCCAGCUAGUUUGCUUCCUGAUGCCACAGACGCUUGGCGGCGCACCUUUCUGGUGGACUCCUCAGUGGUACAGGGCGAUGCCCCACCUACCAUGUUUCCAGUCGAUCUCCAUCCAGAACUGUAUGAGUACCCUUCAGGAACGUGGACUGGAAGUAAGCGCCCUAGCAAGGCCUCCCUGAUGGGCCACUCGACCGCACAUGCUGCCCACACCCUCCAUGUCAGCGGCCGACCAGCCCAGCCGCCAGCCCAUGACAAAAAGGAUCUAAGUCAACAGUUGUCACCAGUCAAGAAGCGGGUGAAGGAGGGCACACCACCUGGGGCGCCCUCACACUGGGCUAACAGUGGCACUGCACCUCAAAUAAGCCACAGCAACUACCACACCAGUCACAACAGUCAUCAUUCAGCACAUCACAACGGGCACCAUCAGAGUCAUAUCCACCACCAGAGUCACCACUCGAGUCACCAUGCACCUCACUCCUCCAGCCAUCACCCUCUGUCCCACAGCAAUCACCAAGGUCACAGCAGCAGCAGCAGUAACAGUGGUAGCCAUAGCUCUCAUGCAGUUGGACAUUCUACUCAGCCCAGUCAGCAAACCCAUAGUAGUCAGCAGCACUCAAGCAGCAGUUACAGCAGCAGCGUGACUGGCAGCAGUCGUCAGCAGACUAUAACUAUCCGUGACACUCCAUCACCUGCCGUGUCAGUCAUAACUAUCAGUGAUAGUGAUGAUGAAGCUGGAGGUAAAUGUUGCAAGGAUCGUCACUGUUCCACGUGUGUCAACAACAAUCAUAACAAGAUCUCCACGAGUAGUUCACACCAGCAGUCUCAAGCAUCGCAUGAUGACAAAUACUCUAGUUUGUCCCACAACUAUUCCUCCGUUGGUGCGUCUCAGAGUCAGAAGAAGCGGCUCCUGGCCAAGGCUCAGAGUGAGUGUGUGCUGCAUGUGGCCAAGCCUGAGGCCCGUGACUACUCAACUCAGCAGACCAGAGACACCAGUUACUCCACUAGAGAGCACCUGGCACCCCCAGCUGCCCAUGUUCGAGAGUCCCUACUGCAGCCGCCUCCUGCCCACCAUGACAACCUCCCACCACCUGCAGCCCACACCCGUGACCCUGCUCGCACCCACUCUCACUCUCACUCCCACUCCUACACCCAGCCACCUCAGGCCCACAAAGACUAUACUGUGCCAUCAGGAGUCCACCCGCCUGGACACAAGGACUACUCCCAACCGCCAGUAGCCCACAGUAACCGUGACCAGCGCGUGGUGGUGGGGAGCGUCAAGGGAUGGGGCAGUAGCAGUGGUCGGGGCAGCAGCGUAGUGGUGGCUGGCCAGGGGAGCAGUGGAAGUAGCAGCAGCAGCAGCCUUAGCUAUGCUCACACCCUUGGACGGACACAUGUCCCAGGCAGCCACCACUCGCCAUCAUCACAGGCCCAUGGACUUUCACCAGUUUCACACCUGGCUGUCAGUGGCUCCUUAGCAGGGAUUGUACCUGCCCAGGCUGAUGUGUACAGGGAAUAUCGACGUGCUGCUCCUCCCCAGGCAGCCGCUGCAGCAGCAGCUGCUACACAGGUGUAUGUGGCCACCACCCAGCCCACUUACCUGCCCUCCUCUUUGCCAGCCACACACACAGUUAAUCCUUUCACACCAGGAGGGGCACUGCCACCACCAGCUCACCAUAGCAGUGGUCGUGCAGUACUGGCCGCCCCACCGGCCCAUCCUCUCCCAGCCCACAUGCAGCCCACUGCUGUGUUUCCUACACACCCUCAAGUAGCCCCUCCAUAUAAUGCUUACACUGCACUUUCUCCUGCCAAGAGCCAAUACCAAAGCAUUUGGUUCUCAGAAUAGUUGCCCAGUUUAAUGGGACAGUUCUGCAAGAUUAUAUUAGGCCUUUAAAUAUCCAGAAAAAGAGAAAUUAUGAAUUUAAAAGAAUACUGUACUUUACCCCCUACCCACCCCCCACACCUUUUUUUUAGGCCUUUAUAGUUUCAAGACUGAGAAAGGCAGGGUUGUCAUGAUGGAGGGGCUGGUGUAUGGAUGUGGCUUUUGCAUCUUCCCCCAUCUGCCCUUCUACAGUAGUACUUUACUGUGUGGAUCAGCAGCACCAGCACCUGGAACAAGGCUCUGCUGGGCUACUAAGACUUGAAUCUAGAAAAGCAGCGGGAUAACUGAUAAUGAUGUACAAGAAACAGGACUGAUUAUUUUGGUGCCAAGUGUUUGGGGUUCUCGGCAACAGAUUAGUGUUUACAAAGUUCAAGUAAGAAUAUGAAGUGUCAAAUAUAUCAUAUAGGUGUGGCACUCCAUGAUAUAAUUAGUCCCCUGUGAUUAUUGAUUGGGGGGCCCACAGUUUUGGGUUGAGUGUUAACUUGACACAAUCACAGCAUCAGUAUAGGCCCCAGAUUUGUGUGUAGAACUAGUGCAUGUACAAGUGUGCGCUUGUUUCCUGGUGAUGACACCCUCAGAGAGCAUUAUAACCGUGCGUCAGCCGUCCCGAGGGCGGGAGAACCGUCAGCAUAUUGUUGACGAGUGAAGACUAUAGUUAGUUAUUAUUUUUUUAAUUAUGAUUCCUAAAUGUAAUUAUUAUUUUUAUGUGAGCCUGAUUCAUGAGGUGACUGCAGCAUCAGUGAUGAAGGAUGGAUAAUGAGUGAGCACUGGCUUCUUUGGAUUACUUCUUUUGCCUUGGAAGAGUUUGUUUAACACAUACAGUUUUAAACUUUUACAUUAGCCAAAGAAGUUAUUGUUUGUUUUGUGUUGGACUUGAUAAGCUUUAUCAAGGGUGAGUUUUUUUUUGUUGAAAAAAAGUGAUGGAAUGAGUACAAGUUGAAAUUCAGCCUCUAUCUAGUAGGCUAACGAGACCAGGAAACUCUUCAAUCAGGCAGGCUUGUCAAUUGUGAAUUUUUACAGAUGUAUAUUUAUUUUAUGUUUUACCAUUCUUAACUAAAGUUUAAAUUAUUUUUAAGGGAAAAGGGCUUGACAACGGUCUGUAGUAGACUUAAUGUGUAGCACGAGUAGUAUUGUGUUUAUAGCCAACGAGGCCGAGGGACUUUGCACCAUGGGCUUCUUCCUGGCUCAGCUCAUCUUCCUGUAAGCACCCUGGGGAAGGUGUGAGCAAGAGGAGAGCGCCCACCACGGUGCGAUGCUCACCGGCUGCACCACGUUUGGUGUUUGUCCACAGGUUUGUUUGAUCUCUUAACAUAUACGCUUUCUUGAACUUCUUCCCUACGUGUAAAGGUGUUAUUUAUGUCUGGAGUGUGAUAUACCUUCUCUUUAUACUUGAUGAAGAAUCCUCUGCAUGGUUUUUGUGCUGGUUUCUUGACCAAGGUCUUUAGUGACCAUGAAGAGCAAAUAGCACUCAUGGGCUGACUGCCAACCCCACCACAACCCACCUCUUUGUCAAGAUCACUCCAUUGCUUAAAAUCUUGGGGUAUUAAUGUUCAUACCAAUAAGGGCUUAAAUAUUACUUACUAUUAUUUGUAUUGGUUUUUAGGUAUGUAGGGUAUAUAUAUGUAUACAUAUUUUAUUUUUUAUUUUUAAGGUUAACAUCUAUUAUAAGAAACUUUAAUUUAGAAGGCUAAUUUUUUGCUUCUUGUAGUAUUCAUUUUUAGGAAACUUCAUAUUUUUAUGUGCAUUAAGUGCACUGGAGUAGAUGGUGGUAGUUUACCAGCAUGUGGGGGGAUGGCUGUUCCUGAUAAGCCCCAGGCCUUCAGCACUCACAAUAGCAAUCCUAUCUUCUGCUCGGGGUGACCAUGCCCCCAGGGGACUCUGCAGCAGGAGAGACAGGGCAACACCCUACGUUAAGGGUGACAGUUCCCAUGGUCAACUUAAGGUUUUCACAGGCCAAAGUUUAGUCAGUGUGGCUCUGAGGGUCUGGCACACACUUCCAGUGCCUCACAUUUUCUAGUAUAUGAACACUUCAUCCAGAUAAUAGAAUGUGAAGUAAGUUGUCCAGAACUCUCAUAAUUUACUUUGUAGGUCCUAAGUAUCUGCAGUUUUAUCACCAGUUUGUUAGUUGUUUCAGAGUGUUUUGCAAGGAACAAUUGUAGAUUAGAGAAAAGUAUUGAUACCUUAUUUUAUAUUAUGGGUUAAAAACUUAUUCUUUUCUUGAAUGACAUCCAUAACACAUAUAGAUUUAUAUAUAUAAAUAUGUAACCUUUAAAGCAUUUGAUGACAUUACAGCCUUCUUAGAUUCCGGGGGGUGGAUUUACAUUUUGUCAAAAUGCUCAUUGCCUUGUCCAGUGUAUUUGAUAUAAUAGGUUAAGACUGGGGAACCUGUUGUACAGAAAGAUACGUACGUUAUCUUGGAUUCAUUUGAAAUGAAUUUUGUGUAGGUAAUUUAAAUGGGAUUAAUGCCUUUAUUUAAGAUUACGUGGGUUUUGUCUUACUGAAAAUGAUGCCAGUCCCUCUCACCACAACUAUCAUAACUGUCGCUUGUUAGAAAACUGACUGGCUGAUCAUUGGGAAAUUGUACACAUCUCGUCAAUUUGGUCCAGUAGAGGUUAUUAGUAGUUCUGGUGCUCCUUAAUGGCACCUCCAUAACAGCCCUAAACAUGUGAUGUUUGUAUUUAGAGUGCCUAAGCUCUAGUAUUUUAGUAUUUGUGACAAACAGACAACCUUGGUCUUUGGGCAUCCUCCUCUUCUAGUUUGAAUACUUCAUAAGGCAGUUUCAUGUUGAUAUAUCAUAGAAAAGAGAAAUUAACAAGUUUUGUGUACAGUAUAGCAUAUUACUGUAUGGUUUCAGGAAGAACUGCCAAAUUAGUCAACAGGUCAUGCAGCUGGUGAACUUGAGUAACUGCUGCUGUUAUUCCCACUGACUGAGGGUGUCUGUUGGUCACGAUAUAUGAAGUAAUGUGACAUUGUUGCCCAAUGUUAGUUUUACCCUCACAAAACACUUAUAAAAGAGUUCAUUGUGGUACACAGACGUACUAGUACACGGAUGUAGUACCAGGAUGUAGUACACAAAGAUUGUAAGUGUACGUAUCUAUAUUUUUCUUGAGACUGUAAAUAUAAUUAUGAAUGUAAUAUUUUGGGUCAGUUAGGGUAUGUAAAGACUUUGUAAGAUAAUUGUCAUGUGUGUUUCAUGAUUAUAGGGGACACAAGUAUCCUAUACGCUAAAUGUUUCUGAACAUUCUUUGUUAGUAUUUGGUAGAAAAGAAUCAUGUUUCAUUGUCAUGCUUAAAAGAACACUUAAAUUUCUUCCCAGUCUUCAUAUUAGAAUUCCUGGAUUGUGGUAGUUAGAGGCCAUUAACUUUUUACAACUUAAGAAUUUCUCUUUUUCAAUGACUUUGCUAAAUGUUUUAAGGCGUUAAGGCUGUCUUUUGGCUACCUUUGUGCUUGGCAACUACAACACAUUUAACUUUCUUCUACUGAUUCUAUAAGUCUCACUACUACUACUAUAAGUCUGAGGUAAACUUGGAGGUAGUGCUAAUGAAAAAUCAAAGUUGUAUUUUCCAGCACGUUUGUGGUGGCCAAGAACUGGACAACCACUCUUGCUGCCAGCACCGAUAGCAGCCAGAUUAAAUUUUUCCACGUGCUCUCCGCUAUGUGAUUUAAAUGCCUAUUGUCCAUCAUGCAACUGUAGUUCAAGUGAAACACUGGUUUGUGUUUUAUUUUUGGUAUAGUUAAGGUCUAUGACCAUAGAGUGGUUACAUUACUUUUCAGUGGGCACCUUAGGAGGAGUCAUAGUAUGCUGUCCCUUUACUCAAGUUAUCCAGUGGUGUACCUCAGCUUAUCUUUUGUAUUUACACAUAUAAGGGUAUUCAAAAUUUCAGUGAGCUAGAUAGAUUUAAAAUAUAAAGGGACAGCUUGUUCCUAGGACAUACUCUGUUGCUCACUGAAUGCAGGUAUUAGUUCCUUAGUUUGCUAGGGUGUCAAAACGUUUACAGUAUAAUGGAAUAGUUUUUGAAGGAUUCUUUGAUUGACGUUAAUUUUAACCCUGUUUUACUUGAUGAAGACUUUGCUCUGCUGGUUAUUGAGUGCAUACUUCAUAUUUAAGUUAAAAUGUUGAUCAUUAGGUUUUCUUUUCCUGGUAGAAUUAUGGUAUUUCACAAGGUAUGAAGUUUAUGGUUAGAAGCAUAUACACUUUUUAAAGUUUAUAGUAAGUAAAUUUUGUUUGGGUACUAGAUUCAUAACCACAGCCAUAUAUAACACAAUAGCAAGGUAGCUGUGCUUGUUGACAUGGCAUGUGUCCAUGAAUUCUGUCUUUGAGUUUUUGGGUGUGUUGGUUUAGCAUUAUUCUACCACAAAUUCAUUGCACUUCGUAGCUCAAUUAAUAUGUUUGCUUUAGGUUGCAUAAAAUAUUCUAUUGAUUUUAGGGUAGCUAGGUAUGUGUCUACCCCUUAUUAUCUGUAAUGUGAUAUAAUAUUGCAGUGUAAGGGUCAGAUUUUUCAUCUUGAAGGAAUGGAGUGUACCCUUCAUUUUUUCACCUCCCAUUCAUACAUAAUCCAUAGGGAAGGGGCCUGUUUUCUUUCAAGCUCGCCAGUUAACCACAGUUUAUAAAGUUGAUUUUAAGUACAGACUGUGAUGACAUUAUGGAAAACUGUGGUAGUAUUCUUAGAACCCUUACGUACUUAGGUGCAAACAAUAUGAGCAUCUAUCUUUUUGUUGGUUGAUCUCUAAAGUGUAAAGACUUUGUAUCAGUAUGAAUUUCUAUCUCAAAGCCUUGUACAAGCAAGACUCGAAAACAGGCCCUGCUCUUGAUCACAUCACUCACAACAUAAAAUGCAACAGCAGUUCUGUAGGUGUUAUGUGGCUACAGAUUAUAAUUUUAUGUAUGUUGGAGUCCUGUAGUGGUUGUUGCAACUUCCCCUUACUCUCCCAUUCAUUUGGAUGGACACAGUAAGGGGUAGAAGAUGUCUGCUGUGGGAAACCAUAGAGAUUGCCAUCUGUUUAUAAAGGAAGAAAAUAGCUUUUAUUAUUCAAGAGGUACAUGUUCCCUCACAAACUGUUGAGGAAUAAAAAACCAAAGAUUAACUUUCCAUUUGUUUUUUCAUAAAUCUUUCAGAUUCUGCCCUUAUUUUAAAUUCCUGGGGUACAAAGAAUUUUACACAAGAUGGUAGUACAUAUCAAUUUUUAAGAGCCCCCAAGUUUAGAAAGUUAUGUCGUUGCAGUCAGAUUAACUAAUACAGAUAAUAGAGCCAAAGGGAAAUUAAAGUAUUUGUCACCUUGUAAAUUUAAUUGACAGCUUUAAAAAUCUGUUUUCAACUUAUAAGAUUACUGGCAUCCAUCGCUAUAAGAUCUUGAAUUUUCUCUACCAAAGUAUGUAUAAUACCUAUGAUUGACUAUACAAUCUGUGUGAUUGGUGGUGGAAUUAUGUGAUAACUGCUGCGCAGUGGUUAUGUGAUCAUGUGAUCACAAUGGCAAACAAGGGGAGAUGUUUCUUACCCAUGUUAUGUUUAGUUUUCCAGCAGUUGAGUGUGUCCAUAUGCUUUCUCUGUGUUUCACCAGCUGUAAAGUGUUUGUUUCAUCUUAGACAUUAUUCUGUUACAGUUAUAAUGGCAUCUAAGCAUAGUGGAUGUGAGUAACAGUGCCCAGGGCAAAAGGAAAAGCCUUACAUUAAAAUGUGAAGCUGGACAAUCUUAAGCUUCAUGGAUAAGGACAAGGAGUGAAAAACAUGGCACACUACAUUUUUUUUUAAAUAAUCACUGCAAAUAAACACUCGAGUUUGUU